GCACUCUAAAAACAGUCGUGCCGAAGAUGGCGACGUGCGAGUGGUGGUGUCGGUGGAGUGUUUAAGAAAAGAGAAAGGGACCAUGUUGUCGCCGCGGCCAACGCAUUGUUUCCCGUGAUUCGCAAUCGAGCUCGGUGCAAAUGUAGGAAUGUCAGAGGUUAAACGGGUACCCCUGCAAACCCUGGAGUUUCCGGAGUCCCUGGGCCACGCCGCGAAGAAGGAGAAAAAGGGUGAGAAGGGCAAACAGCUUGCGCCCUCCUUCCGUUUUACGCUCACUUUGCCAGAGUCGAACGAGAAGGCAUGCCCCGAGUUCAACUACGCGCAGCUUUACAAAGCAGCCGAGAAAAAGCGAAGAAAAGAACAAAAAGGAGGAGAUGAGAAUACGACGAAUGGGCUGGAUCCCUACGACGAUGAUGACGAAGAUAAACUUAAGGAUAUGGCGAGAAGAUUCGAGGCCAAAUACGGUACGGCCACUUUGGGAAAGAAAAGACACAAGUAUGAUGAUUAUGUGGAUUUGGGUGCAGGAUACGAUGAGAACGAUUCCUUCAUUGACAAUACGGAUGCUUACGAUGAAAUUGUGCCAGAAGAGAUGACCACUGCUCAUGGGGGUUUCUACAUAAAUUGUGGUGCCCUAGAAUUCAAAGCUGCUGAAAGGCAUUCCUUAGUUCACAAUAACAACAAUAAUAAAAGUAACAAUGAUGAAGAUGAAAGUAGCGAUAGCAGCGAAGAAGAAACGGAAGAUGUGGAUAGUCCAAAGAGGGCGGAUAAAAGAAACCUUAGUUCGUCGGAAGAUGAUGAAGUAGAUGACAUGUCAGAUCAUCCGAGAAAAAAGCAGAAAAUCGAUGAAAAUGGAGAUAAGAAAUCCAACCAUGAAAAUGUUAUCAAGAAGAAGAAAAAGAAGCCACAGAAUCAUCAAGCGCAAGAUCAACGUUCGAAUUCUCAGCAGGAAGCCGAAAGGCGGAAAGAAAAGGGGGAAACGACAGAUGCCGAGGGUGGUGGUACAGAAGUGUCAGAAGAUCAAGAGGAAAAGAAAAAGCCUGAUAAAGAAUUACAAAAGACUAAAGCUACGAUGGAGAAAAAAUUUGAUAUUAAAAAAUUUGAGAAAAAGCCAUCGUCCACCAAUAGUAGUAAUGGGUGUGAUGCGAAGAAAAUAGAUUUAAAGAAACUUCCUGGUAAAGACAGUAAUAUCGACGAUGCUAUAGAAAGUGUCGUUAAUGCAGCUAGGGUCGAAGACGAGUCGAGUCAGGAUUCUACGGAUUCAGGAAAAUCUCGUGGUAAUCUUGGUACAGACUCGGAGUGCGAUGAUAUUGACAAAGAAGAAGCACCAUUACCGGACGGCCUUCCAGAAGAUAUCAAGGAAAUCGUUAACAAAUUGAAGGUACACGCGGAAAACAGCAAAGAGGGUAAAAGCAAGUUUUUCAACCCUUCGGUCAACUCUGCUUUGUUUAGUUUAGAGAAAAAAUUGAGGACACUGAAUUCAGCGAGCGCAAGACCGCAGACUUACGAACACCUCGCCCGGUUUCUACCUUGUAGUAAAAUAACUCUUCUUAAUAGAGCUAAAAAACUUUAUUUGCAAGAUGCUGAAUACAGAGUUAAGGAAACAAUGCAAAGGUUAAAAGCUAUCAUUGAUAAUACAAUGCCUUCGGUUAUGGAUGCCUUUAUCCAGGAAAGUCAAAUGGUUGCCGAUGAAAAUCCUCAAUUAUACUGGGAGAUAUAUCGGUACUGUUGGGGAUUCGAAGGUUCGCCCGCAGCUGCCGAAAGUAGCGACGAAGAGGAAGGCUCGUGCAAAAGUACGGAUAAAUCUAAAAUUCCGAAAAAACGAUUUCCCUGGACAGACGAAACUAAGAAACUAGUAUAUGAAAUAGCAAAUGCAAGAAGACAAUAUUUUAAAAUUUUAAGACCUAGAAAAGAAAGUAUGGAGUCAUUCGUGGCAACUUUUAUGGAUACAAAAGUUUUACCAUUAUGGCCGUCUGGUUAUGUACGCUUACAAACUUUGUUGAAGUAUUCUAAUCCUGUCGAACCAACAAUUAAAAGGAAAGCAAAGAAGUUGAAAGAUGUUGUCAAUACUAAUAGUGUUUCUUCUUCUGCAAAUACAAUUUGCAAUUCUUCUACUGGAAGGCUCGAGGCAACAAGCAGUAAUAAUAAUAAUAAUAAUGUUGCUGCUACUUCUGUAUCUGCUUCUACUUCAACUACUACUACUACUACUACUACUACUACUACUACUCAAGAAAGGGAGAAAACUCCUACAAGUGUUGCCGCUAAGGUUGUAACUGUCGUUAAUGAAAACUCUUUAAACGUUACAAACAUCGGGACACUUAAAUCUAACGAUAAUAAUAAUCCAGACAAAAAGCAAAUAAGUUCGAAAAAUAAAGAAAAAAAUAAGGACAAUGGUGGUAAUACGGGUGGGACGCAAUUUGACGUAGUGUCGUCGAAUAUCGUUUCGAAUCCUACUACCGUUGGAAAAAUUUCCGUUGUACCUACGGCACAAUUAAUGGCACAAAAACCAGCCAAAAGUCACUUGGAUAAGUUUAAUUUAAUGGACUUAGCAAAUAGUUCUCUAUCAAUUACACCCGUCAAUGAUUAUCAUAAAAUACCAGGGAAGACGAACGAAGUUAAAAAAGAUGUAGUCUCUAUUACGGCCUAUCCAGAACCUUCCAAUAUAAUAUCUAACGCUAACGAAGUUCCACAAAGUGGACAUGUAACUGUACACAGACAAGAAACUUCAUCAUCAUAUCCAACAACACAACAUUCUAAUUAUUCAUUAGCUAAUCAAACUUCGCCACACUCUAAGCCUGUUUCUUUGAAGCAUAGAAUAUUACAAGAUAACACGGAUAUUAAAAAUGACAAAAGAUUAGAAGAUAAAGAUGUUGAAAUUAUGAAUAAAACGGAUAAGAGAGACAAGAGACGCGAAAGGUGUAUGGAAAGUAAGCACAAAUCGCAAGACACGAAAAAACGAAGGAAAGAUCUAAAAUUGUUGGAACAACAAAUUGGGCCACCAUCCGUACACUCGGAAAUAGUUGCAAUACCACUCCAAAUUUCUCUUUCGAAGGAAGAACAGGAACAAAGACAAAUCGAGGAGACUGUUGCCGCUACAACCUAUUUGAGUCAAAUAAUUAACGAUGAAGCUUCUGCCAGGGCGAUAAUGGAAAAAAGAAAAGAUGGCGGAUAUGUUAUGGAUGAGUCUAUAGCAAGUAUGGUACCCACGGAACAGGAAAAGGAUGUUCAAAUGGUUAUGAGGUCAUUAAAGGAAUUACAAGAAUUACAAGAAAUGAAUUUUUCGCCUAGUCAUUCGCCGGUUAACGCGUGUGGCAUUCAAAAACCAAACAAAUCUAGUGUGCAGUACGUCACUUAUCAAGAAGAGUAUCAACGGUUGUACCUUAAAAAGGAAGAAAAAUUACGACCGAAAGAAGAAGCACAGUGGUAAAGGAAAGACAUUAUAAAUACGCUUUAAGGGCGUAUAUUUUAGAUGAUGAUUAUAAUGGAUUAGGGUCAAAUGGGAUACCAUUGGACAAAAAUGAAGAAUGAACUUUUGUAGAAAAAAAAAAAAAAAGGCAUUUGUCGAGAUCAAUUAAAAUGGUCAAAUGUGA